AUGAAGCAGCAAGUACUUCGACUCCUCUAUUUAUUCGCUGUGUUUUCGCUUUCUCACAGCGAACCGGUCCUUUUCGAAAGCGGUACCAUAAUAUCCUUCAAUGAAACGAGUGGUUCACUAGAAGCACUGCGUGACCAUUCCCUCCUAGUUGUCAACGAUACCAUUAGCGCAAUCUUCCCCACGAACUCGACAAUCUCAAUCCCAGCGGGCACUGUCCGUAUUUCGGUUGAAGGAGAUAUACUGUCACCUGGUCAUAUCGACACUCAUCGCCACGUUUGGCAAACCGUUCAUCGCUCUAUAGGCGGCACUGGUACACUAGCAGAAUACCUCACAAGAUGGGCCAACACAACAAUUGCCGCAAGAAUCUACGAUCCAGAAAUAUCUUAUCACUCAGAAUUGGUCGGACUAUGCGAAGCUGUUAAUGCAGGCGUUACGACAAUCGUGGAUCACGCAUCCGGAUCUUUCACGAGCGACAUUGUCGAUGCAUAUAUCCAGGCAACCAAGGACAGUGGUAUUAGGAGCAUCUUCGCAUACAACCUGGGGGGCUACGAGACAUUUCCAUUCGACGAACAAGUUGAGCAUUUUAGAACACUGAUGACUGACGGGACUUUGGCUGAAAGUACUGUCAGCCUUGGUAUUGCGUAUGAAAGAUGGACUUUUGGUGUAGAACCAGAGAUACAAGCCAUCUCUGCGUUGAUGAGUGAAUUUGACAUUGCUGUGCUCGAGACGCAUGCGGUUGGCGGCGUGUACGCAUCAGAAAACAACCCGUCUGUACUUGCACAGAUACAACUGGCCAACGGAACUCACCUCUUAAAUACUACGAUACCAGUCGUGUUUGUACACGGCACAUCUCUCACGGCCACGGAUCUGACACUACUGCGCACCUACAAUCACUACAUGGCAUAUGCCCCGGAAUUCGAAAUGUCACACGCUCGGGAGGUAAGUCAACAACAUCUCGGCCUAGAUCAAGCAUCUCUCAGCGUAGGCACACAUUAUACAAACAGCGGCGAUAUGAUCACUCAAGCAAGGAUCUGGCUCCAGAAUGUUCGCGAACGUUUGAUGACACACCUUACCACCGAGGAGAGGAUCGUAGUGAAUCGGAAUCCGAUGUCGACCAACCAAGGCUUUUUGCUGGCGACACGGUCUGGGGCUCAAGCUAUAAGGCGCAAUGAUCUUGGUGUCUUGCGUGUUGGGGCGAAGGCGGACAUUGUAGUAUACGACGGAAAGGCGCCAGGAAUGCUGGGUUGGAGUGAUCCUGUCACUGCUGUUCUCUUGCACUCCCAUGUGGGACAUAUUAAACACGUCCUUGUCAACGGAAAGGUGUGGAAAAGAGAUGGCCGAAUUGUGCAUCAAGGGUGUCUGAGCACCAAUGCAACCAAUAUUGAAGAACGGUUUCUCAAAGCUGCGAAAACGGUUCAGAGAUUCUGGAACGAGAAUCCGGUCUCACUGGAAGGUGUUUUCCUGACGGGUUACAAUUAUGGUGGAAGAGAUGAUAUGGACGUUGUUCGAGGCCCAGCGACUGGGUACUGA